AUGGAGGCGGCGGCUCCGGAGGGCGCCGAGCCGGGAAGCGGCGGGAGCGGCGCGGAGGAACCCGUCGUGUCCCUGGCGGAGGUGCUGGCGGAGAACGAGGAGCUGGAGAAGGAAGCGAGGGCCGUGCUGGGGGGCAGCGACCACGAGCGCUGCAGUUACUCACAGGGCGCGGUGAAGCGGCAGGCGCUGUACGCCUGCAGCACCUGCACGCCGCCCGGCGCCGAGCCCGCGGGGAUCUGCCUGGCCUGCAGCUACGAGUGCCACGGCACCCACCGCCUCUUCGAGCUCUACACCAAGAGGAAUUUCCGCUGUGACUGUGGAAAUAGCAAGUUCAAAAAUCUGCAGUGCAAGUUACUCCCGGAAAAGGGCAAGGUGAAUCCAGGAAAUAAAUAUAAUGACAAUUUCUACGGAUUGUACUGUACAUGUAAAAGACCUUACCCUGAUCCUGAAGAUGAGAUUCCAGAUGAGAUGAUUCAAUGCAUAGUUUGUGAAGACUGGUUCCAUGGAAGGCAUCUUGGUGCAGUUCCCCCUGAAAGUGGAGACUUCCAUGAAAUGGUGUGCCAGGCCUGCAUGAAACGUUGCCAUUUCCUGUGGGCUUAUGCUCCACAAUUAGCAGUUCCUCCUUUGACCAAAGCAAGCUCUCUUGAAGAUGAAGGGAUUGUCCUGAAGGUAGAGGAAAGUGAAGAGCAGAAGAAAGAAAUAAAAAAAGAAAGUGGAGUGGAACACCAUGACACAAAGGAGGAAAAGCAGUCGGAACAAUUUAAUGAACCAUCCACUAGCUCUGGGUCUGCCUGUCCUGAGGUAGUUACUAAGAGCGAGGAGCCAGUCUGCAAGCUGAAAGAGCUCCAAAGCAAGCCAUUUGUAAAAAAAGACACUGCCACCUUUUGGCCAUCGAACUGGAGGAGCAAAUUAUGCACUUGUGAAGACUGUUUGAAAAUGUAUUCAGACCUUGAAGUCCAGUUCCUGACAGACGAAUGUGACACUGUCUUGGCCUAUGAAAAUAAGGGUACCAGUGACCAAGAGACAGAGAGGAGAGACCCUUUAAUGGACACCCUUAACAGCAUGAACAGAGUCCAGCAAGUGGAACUCAUCUGUGAAUACAACGAUUUAAAGACAGAACUGACUGACUAUCUCAGGAGGUUUGCGGAUGAGGGAACGGUGGUUAAGAGAGAAGACAUUCAGCACUUCUUUGAAGAGUUCCAGUCUCGGAAAAGGCGACGGACUAACAGGAUGCAGUACUACUGUAGUUAGACUGAGAGGGUUUGGGUCUGCAAGGACAACUGCAAACCAUGCUCAUGGCAAACAGAAAAGGCAUCUUUGUUUUGGCUUCUCAUCAAAAUCCAGCUGUCCAAGAAACAUCAUCAUUUGGUCUUAUACUUCCUUCAUUUGUAGCACCUAAAACAUGUUCUUAACACAUCCUUACACUGCGCUUAGCGGGAUUUCAGUACCGAUCGACUUUGCGUUCCCUGACAGCAGGCCGUGUCUGCAGGGGAGGGCUGUGAGCAGAGCCGCGUCCUGCGCUUCCCGCCCGCCUCUCCCCUGGGAACGGCCGGGCCGGGGCCGUGGCUGUGCUAAACCCGCCCUGCCCUGCCCUGCCCUGCCCAGGGCAGCUGCCGGGAGGGCUCUGGCUCCUCCCGCUGGCUCCUCCCGCGGGGCUGUGGCGAUGGUGGUGCGGGGCCCAGCGCCGAGGAGGGGCCGGUUCCUGCCCGGGGCUGCUGCCCGCCCGCUCCCCCUGGGGCCCUGCUCCCCGGGCUGCUCACGAAUGGGAAAGCUUAGUCCUGAUGCUACAGAGUGUUCUCUCCGAUUUUAUACAUUAAUAAAGCUUACUUCUACUCUUGGACAGGGAUGGUUUCUGUGGUAAAAAAGUUGUCAGAUAGUUGUAAUUCACUCAUUGGAACAUAAACAACAGCUAGGAGGAGGUACUAAAUUACAAACUAAGCACGGGGAGGGGGGCUUUGUUAUAUGCUUUGAUUUUAAGAACUAGCCUACAGCAAAUUCUUCUACUUUCUAAAUGUUGUUGAAAAUACUGCAGCAUCCUGGUAUUUUGCUACAGUAUGGAAUGUUCUUUUUAUAACCACUGUGAUAAUCAUGGGACAGGGGAUGUUUCACUGACUUUUAAGAUUACACUUAGCUGCAAUUAAAAAUUAAGAUUUUGUAAGUUUGGAGCCUAAUGUAGUUGGAGCCCAAAACAUACAUUAAAGUUCUAGUUUUUGAGGAUUUCUAUAUUCUGGGGUACUAUUCUGCUUCCAUGUUAAUUGUUUUUGAAAAGCAAAGGUAGACUUCUAUCAUUCUCACUAUUAACUGUUUCUGACCACCUUAUUUACAAACAGUAGUUUAGCAUAGAUGCUCAGCUGAGUAGUUUCAUAGAACAUAGAAUAUUCUGAGUUGGAAGGGACCCAUCAGGAUCAUCAAGUCCAGCUCCUGGCCUGCACAGGACAUCCCAAGAGUCACAGCAUUGUUCUGAGAGUGUUGUCCAAACACCUCUUGAAUUCUGUCAGGCUUGGGGCUGUGACCACUUCCCUGGGGAACCUGUUCAGUGCCCAACCUCCCUCUGGGUAAAAAACCUUUCCCUGAUAUCCAGCCUAAACUGCCCUUGACACAACUUCAGGCCAUUCCCUCAGUCCUGUCACUGGGGACCACAGAGCAGAGAUCAGUGUCUGCCCCUCCUGUUCCCCUCUCAGGAAGCUGGAACUGCAGUGGGGUCUCCCCUCAGUCUCCUCCAGGCUGAACAGACCCAGUGGCAGCGGCCUCAGUUGCUCCUCACGUCUGCCCCUCAAGGCCCCUCAAGGUGCUCCUGGCCCUCCUUUGGACGCUCUCUAACAGCUUUGUAUGUAUUUUAUAUUGUGCCCAGACUGCCCCCAGCACUGGAGGUGAGGCCACCGCAGUGCAGGGCAGAGGGACAGUCCCCUCCCUGCCCGGCUGGCAGUGCUGUGGCCCUCUGGCUGCCAGGGCACUGCUGGCUCAUGCUCAAUGUGUCAUCAACCCCCAGGGCCCUUUCCUAGUUGCUUUUAAACUUAACUCUGGGUAUUGUACAUGCUCUUUUUUUGGUAGCAACUGUUACGGGAGCUGUAACUGCACACCUAACUACAAUAUAAAAAAAUGAGAAGAACUGU